UCGACGAUGUCGAGCGAAGGGUCCCGAAUCUCGCGUCUCCCGCACCGGGGGUCGUGAUGCUGGAGGCGCUCGCGGGGAGAAGAAGAAGCAGAAGACGGCGACCCGCGCGUUCCGCACGCCGCUCACCGCGCCGCUGUUCCCGAAACUAAUUCCCUCCCGCUUUAGCUGAGCUCGCUCGCUUGCCCGCGGUGCUGUUGCUGCUGCUGCUGGUGGGAGCCCUGGGUCUCGACGAUGCCAUGACCGGCGAGAAGCCAGGGGGCCCCGCGGGCCACUGCGUCCUGCGGCGCUCGGCGCUUCCAAACGGGGCGCGGGCGCAGGCCGAGGCGGAGGGCCGCGCUCCGGCCCAGCUCCAGCUGCAGGUCCUGGCUGCCAAGCAGCAGCAGCAGUUGCAGCUGCAGCAGCAGCAGCACAACAAUCACCAGCAACAACAACAACAGCUGCUGCUGCUGCAGCAGCAGCAACAGCACAACAAUCAGCAGCAGCAACAACAGCACAACAACCAGCAGCAGCAGCACAACCACCUCGAACAUCUUGACCAGCAACAACAGAAUCACCAGCAGCAAUACAACCACCAGCAGGAUCAGCAUGCGGGCGGUGUUGUUGGUGGUGGAGGUGGUGGUGGAGGAGGAGGAGUGGUGGGUCGUUGGGAGGCCCGCGUGCCCUCGGCGCACGGGGUGGCCCUGCCGGGGGGCCCCUGCCCGGUCCACGAGAGCGUCUUCCGCGGGGAUCUUCGUCGUCUCUCGAUGCUCAUCCGCACGCACAACAUCGCGCAGAAGGAUGCCCACGGUAACACCCCCCUGCAUUUAGCUGUGAUGCUUGGACAUAAAGAAUGUGCUCACCUGCUGCUAGCCCACAAUGCCCCCGUGAAGGUGAAGAAUGCCCAGGGAUGGAGCCCCCUCGCCGAGGCAAUCAGCUACGGAGACCGGCAGAUGAUCACGACGCUGCUGAGGAAGUUGAAGCAGCAGUCGCGUGAGCACGUGGAAGAGAAGCGGCCUCGCCUGCUGAAAGCGCUCCGGGAGCUUGGAAAUUUCUACCUGGAGCUGCACUGGGACUUCCAGAGCUGGGUCCCCCUGGUGUCACGGAUGCUCCCCUCUGACACGUGCAAGAUCUACAAGCACGGCACCAACAUCAGGCUGGACACGACGCUCAUUGACUUCAACGACAUGAAAUGGCAGCGCGGCGACAUGAGCUUCAUUUUCAUUGGCGACUUGCCGCCAUCGCACUCCCUCACCGUCCUCGACAAUGAGCAGAAGGUCUACCAAAGGAUAUCCCACGAGGAGUCGGAGGCCGAGACAGAGGAGGAGGUGGACAUACUGAUGAGCAGCGACAUCGUGUCGGCCACAAUGUCCACCAAGUCCAUCGGCUUCUCCCGUGCGCAAACCGGCUGGCUCUUCAAGGAGGACAAAACGGAGCGCGUGGGCACAUUUCUGGCGGACUUCUACACCAUCGCGGGGCUGGUGUUGGAGUCGCGCAAGCGGCGCGAGCAUCUGUCCGAGGAGGACAUCCAGCGCAACAAGGCCCUGAUGGAGAGCAUCAGCAAGGGCGGCACCGUCAUGGCAGACCCGGCUUUCGAGCCCGUGAGGCGGGAGUCUCUGUCACCCCCGCCUCCCAACACCAUCACGUGGGAGGAAUACAUCUCGUCAGAGCCGGGAAAGGCCCCUCACCUUGGCCGAGAGCUGGUGUGCAAGGAGAGCUCCAAGAGCUUCAAGGCCACCAUCGCCAUGAGCCAAGAGUUUCCGCUCAGCAUGGACAUGCUGCUCAACGUCCUGGAGAUCAUCGCUCCGUUCAAGCACUUUAACAAGCUGCGUGAGUUCGUUCAGAUGAAGCUUCCUCCUGGGUUUCCUGUGAAGCUGGAUAUCCCUGUGUUUCCGACCAUCACGGCCACCGUCACCUUCCAGGAAUUCCGCUCCAUUGAGGAUCUUCCAGAAUCCAUGUUCCGGAUCCCAAGCGAAUACCGAGAGGACCCCAACCGCUUCCCUGACCUCUGAACCCGACCACCCAGUGGCUGUGCCCACUGGCCCUCGGCUCCAACAGAGCGCUGUGCCAGUCCCUCCCUUGUGCAGGCCUCUCUCCCCUCCCCCAUGUUGUGCCUCCCUUCCAUACUCACAGCCUCCCCUGCCUUCAGGAUGUCAGAGCGCUGAUCCUGCCCUAAUGCGUGACCCUGCCACUGCUGCACGCUGGGGAAGGAUGCCAGGGAAGGCCCAGAGCUUCGAGCUUUGACUUCUGAAGCCUGUGUGCGGCCCUCGCUGAUGGAGCUGCGGGGAAGCGUUUGUGCUGUCCCCCGACUGUGAGACCUCUUUCAGAAUUUCUGAACCUGACCGUGUGAAACGUGAUCAAACUUGGAUUUAAAACAUUUCCAGGAAUAUACAUUUAUUUUUCUGUUUUACAUUAUCAAGCCAGUGCACAUUAUUUGCAUCCGGUGUGAUACAAAGUGGCAUCUGAAGACGGGACUAUAGUAAAGCUGUUGGAUAAUCUUUGCCUCCACUCGGAGUUAUUAUCACAAGUACCUGUUAAUGUUUCACUAUGGGCUUUCUACCAAUGGCUCACAUGGGUUAGAACUGGACUAACUAAAUUUUUUAAACUUCUGCUUUCAUAUACAGAUUAUCAAACACCCCUUAGUUGUUUGCCACCCAGCCAUGGUCAGUGACUGUGCAAAAUAGUCGUUUGUGUCGUAAUUAUAUUGGCUGAACUUAGUUUUAAAACAAAUAAACGUUUGCGUCAAUUACGUGCUGCAGGAGCAAUUAAGACACUUGAAGGCCGAUGUGAUGAUGCUAAUCAAUACCAGCAAAGAAGCGCGUAGUUUCACAACUGCAGCUUAGUUGAGGCUUGUCUCAGCAGAGAUCUUAAACGAUGAAGGCCAGAACAGGGUUCAGCUAUUUUCAGUGUGGUAAGUAAAUUGAAUUAUGGUACAAAAUGUUAACAAGACAUUAUAUAUAAACAAGAAACAAUGCCUUUGGAAAUGCUGAAAUAUUAGAACAAUGUAAAGAAAAGCUUUUGCCUUAAGGGAUCACCAUAUUGCAUGUAAAGAAACACACACAAAAAGUUUAAACUUCACGAAGUUAGAAUGUCUAUCUCUUAGAUGGUUGAAUCACACGGCAAUUCUUAUGCAUAGAAUCCCUUCCAUGUGUUGCCAGUUUUUAAUGAACGUUAAGCUGUUCUGACUGUGAAUUAUUAGACGUAGCAUCCUGUUACCUGCCUCUCAACUCCAGCAGCAUCUGGUCUGAUCUCUGUACUGCAUCAGCUGGAGUUGAUCAGAGAGCAUGCUUUUGGAGACCAUAAAACGGAGGCAGGUUAUUGUGGAAAUGUUUUACAUUUCACUUGUUUCGUAAAUAAGGUUUUAUCCCACGUUUCGUGUGCACAAAUCUGGUUUGUAAAUUGUGGAAAUUAAAGUAAUGCAAUCACUUUCACAUCAACUAACAAACAGACAAAUCUCAAAGCCAUUUUUGUAAAUAUCACACGAUCCGUUUUUGUCAACCUCUAGGGGUAUUUUAACCUCUUGUACUACACAAAAUCUAAAUCGUAUCCCAAUUUACUUGAACAUGCAGAACAUGUCUCAUUAGCAAGAAAAGCAGCAAUAUUGUAUUUAUUUACCUAGAGCAUAGUAUGCAUCCAAUUUUUAGAUAGUGAAGUGCUUUAUGCACUUAUUGCAACACCGAUUGCAUUCUUACACAGGUUUUUGUAUAUACAUUAAGAACUUUAAUUAAUUACAUCCCUAUAAAUAAUAGCAGGUGCGUCACUAUUUUAAACAAUGGCAUGGGUGUAACUUUUCACAAGAAAUCACUUUUGAUAAUGUACUGUACGAUACAAACACAGGAAUAUGGAGCUGUUGUCAAAUGUGGUAAUUGACAUUUAUUUCGUACAUUUUGAAACUUUCAUGUUUAAACUUCCAUUGCUUCACCCCCAACUUGGACGUUCACAUUUCUGCAAUUGAACACCGAUUACUGAUACAAUAUGCCUGCUUGGUCUGACAUUUGUACGGUGAAUAAAUGAACGUUCACAGGU